UGUCUCGUCAUGCUGGGAGUUGAGGUUUUGCAACAGCUGGAGGUGCACUGUUUGGGAAAACACUGCUGUGGGUACAGGCAGUUUCGCUGUAUAUGAGUUUGGUUGCAGCCUGGGCACAGACCACAGCAUCUCCGUCCUGCGCUGAUUCUACUGCAUAGCAGCUGGCACCGCUCCUGGCACCGUCGUCUGCACAGCGCACCCCUCCAGCCUCUCCUCCCUGCAGCCAUUUGUACUCCACCACAGCCGCUCCAGCUCCAUAACCACGUUGUCCCAUUAUUUCUUGUCCCCGUCAUUGGACGCCCCCCCCUCCUGAGCUGGUGACGGCUCCUCUUUUUUUUUAUUGCCAGCUGUCCAGACCCCUCCACUCUGCCCGGCCCCUGUCAAGGCAUCACCCGGUCAAAAAUAACCCGGCUGCCGUCUCUUAUUGCUGUUCCUUUUGGCUUGACCCCCUUCUUCCCAAAUCUGGGACCACCAUGUCGGGGCUUCUGUGCAGGAAACGCAAGAAGGAGGCGGCUGGGGCUGGAGAAAAGACAGUGAGCGACCUCCAGGAUGAAGGCAGGAACGCCAUCAACGCCCCAAUGUCCCCCAGCACCAUUGACAUCCACCCGGAGGACACCCUACUCGAGGAGAACGAGGAGCGGACCAUGAUCGACCCCAAUUCCAAAGAAGAAGCAAAGUUCAAGGAGCUUAUAAAGGUCCUUAUAGACUGGAUUAAUGAGGAACUGGUGGAGGAGCGCAUAAUAGUGAAGAACCUGGAGGAAGAUUUUUAUGACGGACAGGUCUUGCAGAAGCUUCUAGAGAAACUGUCCGGCCAGAAACUGAAUGUUGCCGAGGUGACACAGUCCGAGAUCGGACAGAAACAGAAGCUGCAGACCAUCCUGGACGACGUUCAGGAGUUUCUGAGACCUCAGGGGUGGGCCAUACGCUGGAACGUUGACUCAAUUCACGGGAAGAACCUGGUUGCCAUUCUGCACCUUCUGGUAGCCAUGGCCAUGCAUUUCCGAGCUCCUAUUCGACUUCCUGAACACGUGUCUGUACAGGUGGUGGUUGUGAAGAAGCGAGAAGGCCUCCUGCAGACCAACCACGUGACCGAGGAGCUGACGACCACAACAGAGAUGAUGAUGGGAAAAUUUGAGCGCGACGCCUUUGACACCCUCUUCGACCACGCUCCGGAUAAGCUGAGUGUUGUUAAGAAGUCACUGAUCACAUUUGUGAAUAAACAUCUGAACAAGCUGAACCUGGAGGUCACGGAGCUGGAGACACAGUUUGCUGAUGGAGUUUACUUGGUCCUCCUUAUGGGACUUCUGGAGAACUACUUUGUCCCACUACACAACUUCUUCUUGACCCCAGAAGGCUUUGAUCAGAAGGUCCACAAUGUCACUUUUGCCUUUGAGCUGAUGGAGGAUGGAGGUCUGAAGAAACCAAAAGCCAGGCCGGAAGACAUUGUGAACCUGGACUUGAAGUCCACAAUGAGAGUGUUAUAUAACCUGUUUACAAAGUACAAGAACAUUGAAUGAGACGUCAAAGAAAUCCUCCUGACUUUUGGGCGUUUUUUUUUUUUUUUUUUGGUCAUGUAAAUGGGUCGAAUUUUUACCAUGAAUAUUCCCUCCUGUUUAUAGAUAUCACUACUAUAACCUUUCACUAAAGUCUCCCCUUUUUUUGAGAAUUUUUCCUUUUUUUUUUUACAUUUAUUUUUUAUUUUUUACCCGUCACGCUCCUUUUAACAUUGGGCGGUAGCUCAAGAAACUUUUGACUUUAUAUGUAAGUGAAUGAACUCUAUAAAUUGCAGGUCUGCACCUUAUUCCGGAUGGCUUGAAUUCUGCGCAGUUUUUGGAUUAUAAGAGCCUAAAGCAGAAGAGACAUUCAGGUUAGAUUAAUGUCCGCGGCCGCUGAAUAAUUGAUCGACUUGAUAUUACUUAGUAACAUCAGCGGCUAAUGAUGGGGCUUCCGUCUGACAUGAAUUUCCUUACCCUGAUAUAAAGCUCGUGUCCUCAGUGUGACGGGGACAAUAUGUAACCUGGAGGUAAGAUGAGGUAUUAGACUAUCUGUAGAGGGACAGCUUAUAGGCUCCACCGCCACCAAUCUGAAUACCUCAUUGUGCCAUGUUGUGAUGUCAUGUCCCGGCAGCGCUAUCCAAAUCUGAGGCGUGUGUUAGGAGUCCACUGGAAGCCAUAAUGAACAAUGGCGGUUUACACUGAUGGCCUAAUAUAUUGAUACGUAAAGAGUAGGUUUACUUGAAUGUUAUCUUGCGUGGUAUAGAAAUAGUCUACUGAAAAAGAUCCUGAGUUAUAUCCUGUAUUAUAAUCCAGAGCUGCACUCACUAUUCUGCUGGGGGAGUCACUGUGUACAUAUACUACUUAUCCUGUACUGAUCCUGAGUUACAUCCUGUAUUAUACUCUAAAGCUGCACUCACUGUUCUGCUGGUGAGGUCACUGUAUACAUACAUUACAUUACUUACCCUGUACUGAUCCUGAGUUAUAUCCUGUAUUCUACUCCAGAGCUGCACUCACUAUUCUGCUGGUGAGGUCACUGUGUAUAUACAUUACAUUACUGAUCCUGUACUGAUCCUGAGUUAUAUCCUGUAUUAUACUUCAGAGCUGUACUCACUAUUCUGCUGGUGAGGUCACUUUGUACAUACAUUACAUUACUUAUCCUGUACUGAUCCUGAGUUAUAUCCUGUAUUAUACUUCAGAGCUGUACUCACUAUUCUGCUGGUGAAGUCACUGUGUACAUACAUUACAUUACUUAUCCUAUACUGAUCCUGAGUUAUAUCCUGUAUUAUACUCCAGAGCUGCACUCACUAUUCUGCUGGUGAGGUCACUGUGCACAUACAUUACAUUACUUAUCCUGUACUGAUCCUGAGUUAUAUCCUGUAUUAUACUCCAGAGCUGUACUCUCUAUUCUGCUGGUGAGGUCACCGUGUACAUACAUUACAUUACUUAUCCUGUACUGAUCCCGAGUUAUAUCCUAUAUUAUACUACAGAGCUGUACUCACUAUUCUGCUGGUGGAGUCACUGUGUACAUACAUUACAUUACUUAUCCUGUACUGAUCCUGAGAUAUAGUAUUGUUCUCCACAGUCGCGCUCGCAGUUCUGCUGUUUUUUAUGGGAAACAGGCGUGUGUCUUUUGGAAAUCUUAGUGACUAACAGUUUAGCUGAGGACAGUUAGUUUUUUACAUUCACAUUGCUGUACAUUUCCUGGUUUAUGAUGGUGUAAAGAUGUCACAUCCCAAAAUCUAAAACACUAGUGCAGUGGUCUUCAACCUGCGGACCUCCAGA